AUGGUGGAUACAGUAAAUAGGUAAAAUCUUGGUUGGAUUCCAUUUCGAGCGGUUCUUCCUCAGCUAUUCGAUAAAAUAAUUAAAAUGCGUGUGCCCUCUGCCAUAUUUGCCUAUAAAAAUCGUGAUGCUCGUGCACCGCAGCAAGAACAUGCAGUGCCGUUCCAAGAAAUAUUACCUCUUCGUUUAAAAAAUAGAGUAAGCGGUAAAGCAGAUUCUACGUCCGAUGUGGCUUGCUUGCAGGAAAUGGGAGUACUCUUUGCGUGUCUCAAAGAUAAUGAAUUUGUAGAAAAGUAUUGCAAUAAGGAAAUACAGCAAUUCCAAAAAUGUUAUAAAUUUUUUGUGGACUCAAAAUUCGAAGCAAAGAAAACUGUGAACCAGGGUAUAAUAACACCAGGCAAAAACCUCAACUAUAAACAGCUCAACAAGUACAUGCGACGCUUUCCAAAUCCACAGUAGUCUUUGCCACAUGUCCAUAUCAAUAAUGAACAAUAAAUUAAUUCAACAAGUAAUUAAAAAACA